AUGAUCCCCCGUCAGCAACGCAUACUCGUAUCUCCUCGCCUAUUCUCACUCCAGUCGUCAAUCCGAAAUAGCCAGAGGGUCGAUCCCAAAGGACAAUCCAACGACCCCAGUUCCGAGAACCCGGAAUAUCCCCGGUUUAGCCUCGACUCUCUGGGCCUUAGCAAAACCACCAAGACCGUUGUCAUCGUUGUCCUCGGGGUCUUUGGCACAAUCGAGAGCUGGUUCUGGUGCCAGACGAUCUGGCGCUGGUGGAAGGGUGGUUCUGAGGAGAAAUAA